CGUUUCCGGAAGUGUGGGCUAGACCAUAGAAUAAAAAUACACUGACUAUUGGCCAGUCAGUGAAGAAACAGUUGUAUUAGAGGGACGCUAGGCAAAAUAUAUUUAUAUUGUUUAAAAUGUCCCGUCAAUUCCAAGGGCUUUCAAUGCAGCUACAGGAAGCUUCGCAGUUUCUCCUCUGAGUUAAGUGCAUCCUUUCAAACAACGCUAGGUAGCAUCAACAGAAGUGUUGAAUCAGAUUAUCAGAUACAGCCGUUUCCUCCAGAGUACAUACUAUCGCUCCCAUUACUGAGCGUUGUUGUUCUGCCAGUACAGUAGCAAACAUAUUCAUGUUGUCACUGUUUGGACACUGUUCUUAGCUAUUACUGUAUCGUUAGCCCCCGGUUCGUCGUUUCUGCUCUGCUUGUGAUGGCGUGGCAUUAGCUGCUGCUUUGUCUGUGUGCGAGGAGUAUGCCCGGCAAACACGGAUGUUAUUCUCUUCACCCUCUCAAAGUCAGCACAAGGAACCAACAAAGGAGGAUAAACACCUUGUAGCAGUCUCCAUAGAGCCAGUGACAGCCACCUGACAUCACCUUAAGUCUUAACCAAGAAGUUUGGACUGGUGAGCAGGAGCUGAACAUGGAAGAUGAGCUGUUUGACCAGAUUGUGUCCGUGUUUAACAAGCUGGUGUCGUGGGUCGCUGCGGGUGCCAUGGUGUUCGGCGGAGUGGUGCCGUACAUCCCCCAAUACAGAGACAUCCGCCGGACCCAGAAUGCAGAGGGGUUCUCCACCUAUGUGUGCCUGGUCCUCCUGGUAGCUAACAUCCUACGAAUACUCUUCAGAUUCGGUCGCUACUUCGAGACGCUGCUGCUGUGGCAGAGCAUCAUCAUGAUCGCCACCAUGCUCAUCAUGCUGAACCUGUGCACCAACGUCCGGAUGGCCACUGAGAUUAACACCAAGAGACGCUCCUUCAUAGCAACAGACAGUAAGGAUGAAGAGGUCAGAAUCCCUAAGAGGCUCUUUCUGGACUUUGACUGGAACUACUUUUGGUUGUGGAGUCGCUUCGUGGACUACGUGCAGUGCGUGCUGGCCUUCACGCUGGUGGCGGCCUACAUCACCUACCUCCUCCUGGACUCAGCGCUGUUUGUGGAGACUCUGGGCUUCCUGGCCGUCUUCGCUGAGGCAAUGCUGGGCACACCGCAGCUCUACUGCAAUUAUCAGAACAAAUCCACUGAGGGCAUGAGUAUCAAGAUGGUGCUGAUGUGGACCAGCGGUGACACCUUUAAAACAGGCUACUUCCUGCUCACCCAAGCUCCCGUGCAGUUCUGGACGUGCGGCCUGCUGCAGGUCUUCGUGGACAUCACCAUCCUGUUCCAGGUUUACUACUAUAGCCGCUACCCGCAGAAACCGGUCUCCCACACUGUCUCCCACACCACCAGUGCCAAAGCCCUCUGAGAACCCCCACAAGCUCUCUGAGGACAUUCAAAAAAAAAGCAGCAGUGCGGAAGCCCUUUUAGAGGAGCUGUGGAUGUGCAUAAACAUGCAUGAGUACCAAAGCACCUUGAGAUGAUACAGGCUGCUCACUGUCACCUCUAAGUAUACAUAAGGAAACAUACACACCCAUAAAUAAGGCACGAACAUACACAGACACUUGGUGGUGUUGGUGUCUGCAGCAGUACCUGAAGGACACUUGUUACAACACAAACUCAACCUUUUUUUAAAAUUUAUUAUCAUACUGACUUCUUCUCAAUGCGACAGUAUGCUUGUUGCUUUGAAUGCAGACUUAAAGAAUAUGUCCUUGAAUCAACCUGUGCAUGUGGAAAAUAUUAUGCACAUACAUGAAUAUACAGUAUAUAUAGACUGCACAUGUAUGCACUGAAAUCUGUGCUCAAGGAAACGUGGACUGUGGAACUUUUUUUUUUUUUUUUUUUGGUCCACAUACGCUGAUGAUUGUUGCAUGGACCCUCUGCCUUAAAACACACACGUUCAAACAUGGCUUGCUGCAUUACCAGCAAUAUAAAUGUAUGAAUCAAUCAAAAAAAAAAAAUAUUGAUAUACAACAUUACUGAAUGUACAAAAUGGCAUUUGUUAUUUAGUUGUUUUACCCAACACGGUGGAGAAAUGCUUGUCACUCUACCACUUGUUGGACAGAUGAUGACCAUGUGCAGUCCUCAUGGGACAAAAAUAUGAGGAAAAUAGAGGCAGUCGAACUUUACCAAAAGAAGAAAAAUCCCAAAGGUUUGGAGACAAUGCAUUGGCUUCUAAAAAACAAUUCAUCAUAAACAUUAGUGGCCUUCAGACUAACAGAAAGAUGGGACAAAAGAAACAGAUGUAAGGGCAUUCUUCUGUCUGAAGCCAGACUUGCUGGAAGCAAAGGUGUUGAAACAUCAUCAUCAUGUUUGACCUGCACUGGUUGACCAAAAUAACAUUUUUGUACUGAAGCUGAUGCUGACAUUUUGUAUAUAAUUUCGAUCCUUUUCAUACCACAAAUUUGAAGAACCCCACAGAAAUCACUUGAGAUCCCAGGAUUCUUAAGGUGCAUUCAGACUGAACACCUAGUGAACUUUAGACAUGGCACAAUUGCAUGUACAGUCACUGAAGUAUUUAAAGUAAAUUUACUCUGGAACAGUAAGUAAGAGUC